GCCCAAUAGCCCAUAUAUAUUAGCUGAGUUUCUUACUAUCUUCAUUUCCCUCGGCACAACCGCUCAACUACCCCUUCCUACCUUCACUGGCCAAUACUCUCACUGAUGCUGAUGCUCUAAUCUCUACUCUAACCAACACACCAUCUAAGAGAGAUUGCUCAAAAUAAUCAAGGCAUGCGUUUGCUCCUUCAAAUUUGAGGCUCAGAGUCCCUCUUGGGCAACUACAUAGCAAUGUUAAGCAUACUUUAUGAGAAGAUAAAGAUGCAGAAGAAGGAGGAGUUAGAUAAACCAGCCCAAGCGCCUGUUUACUGGAUCGAAAUAUCUGAUUCUGUCUCACGCCGCUGCCAGUUUGAACAUGAUGGUCAACUUUCUGUGUCACUUGUUGAUGACUCAAGACCAAUAGCCCAUAGGGUGGUUGAAUCCUUCUUGAAUAAAUUUUUCCCCUCAGGAUAUCCAUACAGUGUCAACGAAGGAUAUCUCAGAUACACACAAUUUCGAGCUUUGCAACACUUAACCAGUGCAACACUCUCUGUGCUAUCAACUCAGUCACUACUGUUUGCUGCAGGCUUGCGACCCACUCCAGCACAAGCAACUGUAGUAAGUUGGGUCUUAAAGGAUGGGAUGCAACAUGUUGGUAAGCUCAUAUGUAGUAAUUUGGGUGCAAGAAUGGAUUCAGAACCUAAACGAUGGAGAGUUCUUGCUGAUGUGCUCUAUGACUUGGGCACGGGUUUGGAAGUUCUUUCUCCAUUGUGUCCACAUCUUUUUCUGGAAAUGGCAGGCCUAGGAAAUUUUGCCAAGGGUAUGGCAGUUGUUGCAGCCAGAGCAACAAGGUUACCAAUAUAUUCUUCUUUUGCAAAAGAAGGUAAUCUUAGUGAUCUUUUCGCAAAAGGAGAAGCCAUCUCAACUCUUUUUAAUGUUGUUGGGAUAGGAGCAGGAAUACAGUUAGCAUCUACUGUUUGUUCAACAAUGCAAGGAAAGUUGAUUGUGGGGCCUCUUCUUUCGGUCAUACAUGUAUACAGUGUCGUUGAAGAAAUGCGAGCUGCCCCCGUUAACACAUUGAAUCCACAGAGGACUGCAAUGAUAGUAGCAGAUUUUUUGAAGACAGGAAAAGUUUCAAGUCCAGCUGACCUAAGGUAUCGAGAAUCUCUCCUAUUUCCUGGGAGACUCAUUGAAGAUGCCGGAAAUGUUAAAGUAGGGAGGGCUAUACACAAGGUUGUUAAGCCUUCGAAACUUCGCGAACUGAAACAAAUAUUCCCCGAGGAGAAGUUUAUUUUAAGUCAUGGAAAUAAAUGGGUGGACAUGGUAUUGAUGCACAAUGCAACCGGUGAAGAUGCCCUGCGGGGUUGGCUCGUUGCUGCACAUGCUGCAGAGAUGGAGAAGUCCUCCCACGAGCCCAGCACUAGUGUCUUGGAAGCGUCGUACCAGAAGAUGAACCAUGAAUUCGGUCCAUUCUUGUCUGAACUUCAGGUGAAAGGUUGGCACACUGAUCGUUUCCAUGAUGGAACAGGAUGCCGUUUCGCCAUGUAAACUCAAUGUGGAAUUAGGUAGCAGGCAAUCAAUCCUUUUGAGAGACAAAUUCUGUCUAGGGGACUUGAGAGUAAGUGAUUACCUUCGAUGUAGUUUUUUUUUUGGGGAAAGUGUUCUUACCAGAGUUUAGAGAAGUAGGAAUAGGAUGUAGUUGUAACUUUGCAUCCAAAAGUUUAAGAUUUUAACCUGUUAAAGUUACUGCAUAUAUGCCUUGUUUUAGAAAUUAGAACCAUAUUGUUCAAUUGAAUUCAUUACUUGGCUCUAGACUACGUAUUCAAGACAACUAUAGUACCAUUUUAUAUAUAUAUAUUUAUGGUCC